AUGAUGCUGGAGCUUCCGCCGGAGUUCCGGCUAAUCAUCCUCUACCUGGUCCUUUUUAUAGCAACAAUGCUCCUAGGAGCGUCGCUGCCUGGUCCUGCUGCGGACAAUGUCUUGGUGACGUUGGCAAAGGGCAUCGAGGCGCUUCUUCAACAACAGCAGCAGGGUUCAAGAGGUGAUCGACCAGAGACAGUGAAGCCGGGGAUAACAGAACUACCACAUCUUCCAGAGUACCAGCCGGCUACGGGGUCGAUAGAUUUGCUACACUGGCUUACCCACAUCGCCCCGAUCAUGGAGGAUCUUUCGGAUACCAGCUUCGCUUGGUGGCAGGAGACGACCAAGGAUGCCUUAUCGUGGUAUGGCCAGUAUUCAGCCUCGACGCCGUUAGCUAGACUGCAGUUGAAGCCCAGACCCUCAAGCGUUUUGAAACCUGAGUGGGCCCGUGUGGAACGACGGGCGACGGCGAUGAUGUUGAGUGCAGUGCCCAAGGCCAUCCGCGAGGAGAUCAUUGCCCACGGCCAGGUGUCAACGCUGGAUUUGCUGUGCAAACUUUAUUCAGUGUAUCAACCAGGGAACCUCCAGGAGAAGACCUUGGUUUUGAAGAUGCUGGAGCAGCCAGAGGAGUGCACAUCGGCACUUCAAGCUGUUGAGGGCCUCAGGCGUUGGAGCUUGUGGCGGAGGCGGGCGGCUUCGCUUGGAAUGGCUGAGCCGGAUGCGUCGGUCCUAGUGCGGGGGCUCGACAAGAUCACUGGCUUGAUCAUAAAGGGCAGUGGUGAGCUGGCUUUCAGAGUGAGCUUGAUACGGAGCACCCUGCAGGUGGAUGUAAGCCCCUCAUCGUCAACGGUGACGACGUUCCUUCAGCAUCUGCAAGCCGAGAUGGAGCAGCAGGCCAGAUUGGGAGCGUCCAAGGGUGCUGCAGACAAUCAGGUACCCUCACACGUGGGCUUUGUUGGAGAAGGGAGCCCGCCAGAAGAAGUGUCUGUGUUGUGGUUCAACAGCACACAAGGUGCGGGAGAAACAGGUUCCACCUCGCCGACGGCUUCAUCGCCGAGCGCAAAUCAGAGGAAGGUGAACUUUGAAGAGGAUGGUGUGAUCCAGGCCAAGGUCCUCCGCGCGUUAAAGGAGCUCCAGGGGGUGAUUGUGCCACUUGGGCGAGUGAUAACGACCCUGGGCUACAGGCUUUGUUGGACUUCGGAGAAGUGUGAGUUGAUUGGUCCUGAAGGAGAUUCGCUUCCCUUGGUGGUGAAGAACGGAUGCCCGGAGGUCAGUGAGCGAGUAGCUCAACACCUCAUCCAGCAGCUCGAGGCUCAGGAGCUUCCUCGUCUUGAAGAUGCCACCCAGUCCUCAGUGAAGGCUGUUCAAGGCUUAAAGGCUAGCUGGUGGUCGUACCUUAGGGAGUAUGUGAAGGGUGGCAGCGUGCUGGACGGGGUUUCUGCAGUUGACAAAGCGGAAUUCUUGGACUUCAAACAGAUUGUGAAGGACCAGAUGGUGACAAGGAGGCCUAAGCUUGGAAUCUGGGAACUCCUCAAGGGCGUGAACAUCAACAGACGAGCUCGAAAGCGCCUUCUGCGAGCCUCAGGUUGGAUUAUACGGUGGGACCCACCUUCGGUUGAAAAGACGAGGGACCCCCACAAGCAUUUGGCCUUCAUUGGAUCCUUUGUCUAUGUGAACUUGAACACCAUGUUGGUUGAGAAUGAGUACCACAACGUAUGGUCGGUAAUCCAGUGGGGUGCCAUGGAAGGAAAAAUCAGCGCUAUUGUGGCUAGAGACUGUUGCCCCCGGCCAUUGGACCAAGCUGUUGCAGGACCUCACCGGAGCAAGGUCCACUACCUCCACGCCUUGUCUUCCGCAGCUCGUGAUCUACAUGGAGGAGAAUCAGUGAAGCUGUAUGUCGAGGAUUACAAAGCCCAUCCCUCAGAUUCCCUGGCUUAUUUCAUGGAGAUGGGCCUCGUUGAUGUGUCCGUCGAUGAUUUCGACGAAAGGAACAGUGCAGCGGGACAUCAGCACCGCUCUACGUUGCACCCCAUGGCCUACAGUUUGAGCGUGGAUGUGGUUGGACCACUCAAGGGAUAUGGACGGUCUCCGGACGGGAAGUUUUUCAAGUACUUUGUGAUUGGAGCCCUGAGGAUUCCGCGCGUCGAAGGUGCACAUGGUCAUGGGGAAGUUCGAGGGUAUCCUCUACCUCCUGAGGAACCCGAGGAGGAGGUCAUCUCAGAUGAUGAGGACGCUGAUGUUGAUCCACCUGAUGGUGCAGGCGUUGGUUUGGAAGAUGUUGACAAGGAAGAGAAGCAAUGGGAGGAGCUGAAGGCCGCGUUCAAGAAGCCAUUGCUUACAACGACGCUCUACUUUGCGGUGCCUGUAAACAACAAGAGGGCGGCUACAAUGCUACCUGCAGUGCAAAAGAUCGUGACGGAUGUGAAGGCCCUCGGCUAUCCCGUCACGCGAAUUCAUUCGGACCGUGGAGGUGAGUUUCGGGGAAACUUGGUGCGAAAGUGGGCAUUGGCAAGUGGAAUGUGGCCAACUACAACCUCAGGCUCUGAUUCGGCGGCGAAUGGUGUGGCUGAGUCGGGAGUUCGAUACCUGAAGCGUCGUGCCCGCAUCUUGUUGGAUAGUGCGGGCGUGGACAAGUCCAAUUGGCCAACCGCUGUCCAGUACGCUGCGGCCCAGCAGCGUUAUGAGCAGCUCGGAGAGCUGUCUCCAUUGCCGGUUGCUUAUGGUUCCAAGGUGUAUGUGAAGACAAAGCGCUACAAGACAGGUGCGGUGGAGGACUUUGGACCACACUGGACCAGAGGACGGUAUGUUGGACCGUCGUCUGAUAUUCGGGGGGGACAUGUGAUCCUCAAGGAGUCUGGAACCUUCAUUCAGACCACCCACGUUCGGGUUACUACAGACCCACCUUCAUUGGAGGAGGUGACACCAACGAUUGUUGUUGAGCCCGAUGAACCUUCAGAACCACCUGAUGAUAAACCUCCUCUACCACCACCUGCUGUUCCACCACGACGUGUGCGUGAGAAACGACCUGGUGUUGCUAAAGCGGAUGGGUUCUACCAGGAACGGGAGCAACUACCUCAUGAACUACUAGCCCCGGGAGAACACCAGGAACCGGAGCCCCAGGUGAUGUACAUGCGGCCCAAGGAGAUACAGUAUGUUGAGGUUGUGGCGCAGCAGCUGUGUGAAGCUGAAAAGUAUACCGAGAAGGACUGUGCACGUCUACUUGCAUUGUUUGCCGGCACUUGCGGAAACCUCAAGGUACCUCGUGCCCCCGAAGGCACGGGUAUGAUCCUGGGUGCCUUUGUUCAUGGAGGAAACUUUGGAGUUACCAAGUAUGGCCGGGACCUUCCAUGGGUGACAAGGUAUUUCAACUCCUACCUCAUCAAGAAGAUUGGCAAAGCUUGGCCGACAUUGAGGUGUUCUUGGACAACACUGGCCAUUCAGUCAGCUGAGCAGGUCCCAAGACACAGGGAUGUUCACAACGAGCGCGGGACUUACAACUACGUGACCGAGCUGAAGACGAGAACCCUUGAAGGACUAUGGGUCCAAGGUCAAGAUCGGGAACCUCAGGUCAUUGCAGCAGCCAAAUCCCGUGAAUAUGGCUACGAGGAGUAUGAUGGCAAGCUUCAUGAAGGCCAUCUGAUUGAUGUUACAAAAGCCCCGGCGGUGUUUGAUCCGUUGGUCCCCCACGCUUAUGUGAGCGAAAAGAACCUAAAGUGGUUUCUCUCAGCGUAUACACCUCAAGGGGCCUACAAACUUGGUGCAGUGGACAAAGAUUAUUUGGUGUCGUUGAGGUUCCCCUUGGAUCAGGUUGAUCAAGAUGACUCCCCUCCCUGCGGUGCACUGGAAACCAGACCGGUGUCAAAAGCAAUUUCCUUGCCAUCUGAAGAACCAUUGAGUGGAACUCGUGGUGCAGGUGAUGAUGUGGAAGUUGUACCAGCAGGAGAUUGUGAGACGACCAUGUGGGAUUGGGCUAUGUAUGUUGAGGAGGAGAACCAGCCUGACGAGGAGGAGGAAGAGGGUCAUGGGAGCUUUCUAUGUUUGAGAAGAGUGUGUAGCUCAGAUGAUCCGGGCCAGGUGUUUCCGUCUUUGGAGCAGGCAGCAGAGGUGUUGCAGGACUAUGAGAACGCUCAUCUUGGAAGCCAGGAUAUUGAAGAGUGUGUUGAGCACUGGGCGUCAGUUGGAAUGCAUCAGCACCCUCGUCUUGCAAAGCUGGAACCAGAGUACACCGAGGGCAUUGAGGAGAUUAUUCAAAGGGCUGUUGAUGCUCAGGUUCCUCUUCGCCACACUUACAAUGUUAGUCCUCAUGAGGCCAAGGCUGAGAUCCAAAAAUGGCGACCUGCCAUUGCAAAGGAGCUUGGUGUCGUGGAACGUGGUUUCAAGCGGAUUACCGGGAGCGAGGUUGCCAAGCUAAGGGAAACGCACCAAGUACAAGAACUACCGUCGAAGCUUGUGUACACCGUCAAACCCCCGGCUGGAGGUGUUGAUCCUCCAGAAGAAGCUGCAUUUUGCAAGAGAAAGGCUCGGAUUGUUUGCUGUGGUAAUUAUGCUGCAGAAGAUCAAGGUGAACUUUUUGCAGGAGGAGCGGCGGCAGAGAGCUUGCGUUGCGCCCUCACGUAUACCGCCAAAAGGCGGUGGCGGGCCGGCAUCACCGACAUCACUGGAGCAUUUAUGCUCACGCCUUUGCCUACAGGAACCGGGGAGGUCGUCUACAUCAUCAGACCCCCCGCUGCAUUGGUGCAGCUUGGUCUUGCUGACCCGAGUGAAAGAUGGCAGCUCACCCAUGGAAUGUAUGGCCUUCGCCAAAGCCCAAAGCUGUGGUCAGCCUUUCGCGAUGGUGAGAUGAAGAAGAUGAUCAUUGAAGACGAAGACACGUCGUGGACUCUCAAGCAGGGUGAAGCUGAGCCAAACAUGUGGCUCGUCUAUGAGACCGGAGCCCCUUCGGACAAGGAACCGGAGGGUGUCAUCCUUAUCUACGUGGAUGAUAUCUUGCUAUGUGGACCUCUACGACUCGUCCGAGCCCUAUCAAAGGCUAUCCGAGGAACUUGGAAAUCUUCGGAGCUCGAGCUUCUGGAAGCGGACCACGAGAUCAGGUUUUUGGGGUGCGAAAUAGCGGUGUCCGAGGAGUAUGACGCGGUGUUCAUUCAUCAGCGGCCCUACAUUGAGGAGGUUUUACGUCUUCAUGAAACAAGGGAGGUCGAUCAAUCUCCUAUUCAGGCCCCCAAGGACCUCGUGACUUUUGAGGCGUUCGAAAACGAGGAGCCCGGCAGCCCCGAUGAAAUAAAGCAGGCCCAGCGGGCCUGUGGCGAGUUGCUUUGGAUAGCACAGCGUAGCAGCCGUGUCCUUGGCCAAGCCAUCAUCCUCUACGUCUUGGCGAACACGCCAUCUACGUGUACGCAGAGGUUGGAGGAGCUGAUUCAGAUUUGGGGAUUCGUGGAUGUGGUCACGCAGGGUCCACCAGUUGAACCCCUUGCGAUCAACACUUCCAUUGAGCUCUAUGUGAUGAUCUUGGUUCUUGGGAUAGCCAUGGAAUGUGAGUAUUGCUCCUUCAACGAGCCAGAGAACAUCCUCACCAAGGCCCACCUCUACGAAGAGAUCAACGGCAGAUGCAUCUACGCAGGAGUACGAAGGCAAGGCCGCUUCGCAUGUGUCAGUGCUGCCGUGAGAACGAUGGAAGGUCUCUUCGAGAUCGUGGAUAAUUAA